CCGCCUUGCGCCGAACGCUGCAUAUCCGGGUUUUCGCCUCCGCCGCCGCCGCCUGGCUCAUUCAGCUUUGCCGGGACCGGUGAGAUUCCCGACCAAGAUGGCGGCUGUGGGGCUAGUCGGCUCUUUCGGUUCCUCUCCGGGGGGAUUAACCUCGACUUACACGGGCGGCCCCUUGGCCAACGAGCUAACCUCGGGCAACGGCGGCGCCGCGGCAGGGGACGACGAGGACGGGCAGAACCUUUGGUCCUGCAUCCUCAGCGAGGUCUCCACCCGCUCGCGCUCCAAGCUCCCCGCGGGGAAGAACGUGCUGCUGCUGGGUGAAGAUGGAGCUGGAAAAACAAGCUUAAUCAGAAAAAUUCAGGGAAUAGAGGAGUACAAGAAAGGAAGAGGAUUGGAAUAUUUGUACUUAAAUGUUCAUGAUGAAGACAGGGAUGAUCAAACAAGAUGUAAUGUAUGGAUCUUGGAUGGAGACCCGUAUCACAAAGGCCUCCUUAAAUUUUCACUGGAUGCCAUUUCUCUGAAGGACACUCUAGUUAUGUUGGUUGUUGAUAUGUCAAAGCCUUGGACUGCUUUGGAUUCUUUACAGAAAUGGGCAAGUGUUGUUAGAGAACAUAUUGACAAAUUGAAAAUUCCUCCUGAAGAAAUGAAAGAAAUGGAACAAAAGUUGAUUAGAGACUUUCAAGAAUAUGUAGAGCCAGGAGAAGAUUUCCCAGCUUCUCCUCAGAGAAGAAAUACCGCAUCACAGGAAGACAAAGACGACAGUGUGGUUUUACCUCUGGGUGCGGAUACACUUACACAGAACUUGGGCAUUCCAGUACUAGUAGUUUGCACAAAGUGUGAUGCCAUUAGUGUGUUGGAGAAAGAACAUGACUACAGAGAUGAGCAUUUCGAUUUUAUUCAGUCUCAUAUCCGGAAGUUUUGUUUACAGUAUGGUGCAGCACUUAUUUACACUUCAGUAAAAGAAAACAAAAAUAUAGAUUUAGUAUAUAAAUACAUUGUUCAGAAACUCUAUGGAUUUCCCUACAAGAUUCCUGCUAUUGUUGUGGAAAAAGAUGCAGUAUUUAUUCCAGCAGGGUGGGAUAAUGAUAAGAAGAUAGGAAUAUUACAUGAAAAUUUUCAAAUGUUAAAAGCAGAAGAUAAUUUUGAAGACAUCAUAACUAAACCACCUGUCCGAAAGUUUGUGCAUGAGAAGGAAAUUGUGGCAGAAGAUGACCAAGUGUUUCUUAUGAAGCUACAGUCCCUUUUAGCAAAGCAACCACCAACUGCAGCUGGAAGGCCUGUGGAUGCCUCGCCAAGAGUCCCAGGAGGCUCCCCUCGAACACCAAACAGAUCUGUGUCAUCCAAUGUUGCCAGUGUGUCACCCAUCCCUGCUGGGUCAAAAAAAAUUGAUCCAAACAUGAAAGCUGGAGCUACAAGUGAAGGUGUCCUGGCAAAUUUCUUCAAUAGUUUGCUGAGUAAAAAGACUGGUUCCCCAGGAGGCUCUGGUGUUGGUGGUGGUAGCCCUGGAGGUGGGGCUGGAGGUGGAAGCAGUGGUUUACCACCAUCUGCCAAAAAGUCAGGCCAGAAGCCUGUCCUGUCAGAUGUUCACGCGGAACUAGACAGAAUUGCACGAAAACCAGUUACAGCUUCUCCUGCAGCACCCACAUCUCCUACGGAAGGAGAAGCUUCUUGAAGAUACCAAAUAAAGCCAUUUAUUCAGUUUUCUGGGAUAAUGUAAACUUGCCUCUGCCUUCUCCUUCAAAAGUGGUAUUAGGGAGCUGGAGUGCUUUUUCAGAUGGACUAAAUUCAUGUCUUUUUUGUGUAUGUGGUUGCCCAUUUUAUAAAAGGGAAGUAUACAGAAGAAAAAUUAUUCUACACUAUGUAAGAUUGCUAUUUGCAUUGCCACUUUGCAUAAGGAAGUAAUUUUGGAUUUUGAAAAACUCAAAUUUAUAGAUCUGAAAUACAGCCAUGCGAUCAUAUUCUAAAGGCUACUUAAAACAUAUAGGAGGGUUUGAGAAGGGCAGAAAAUAAUAUGCUUUGGGCAUUCGACUUACUUGGAAGGAAGUCCAAGCUUAUUUUAGUUAAGACUAUUAAAAAAUCAUUAAAAAAAAUUAUGUGUUAGUUUUGCUGGAAAAGAAGAUGAUCAGUUGUCAGAUUUUCCACACCAACGUAAAUAUACCACCACACAUGGAAUAUGCUGAGAAAACGAUCAGAUAGCAUUUGAUACACUAGUCAUUGUCUCAAUCCAUGAUCCUGUAAGUUGUCAUCAAAAUAUGAUUUAGAAAUAUUGGUCAAGAUUUGUUUCUUUAACUGAGAAGAAAAGAAAGCACACUGCCUAAAUGUGUAAAAGAAAAAUGCAGAGGUUGUUAAAAUGUAAGGAGGUAACAGUCUUUGGAUUUGUCUAUAUUAUAUAUAUCUACAUAUAUAUAUAUAUCUAUAUAUAUCUAUAUAUCUAUAUAUAUAUUGAUAUAUAUAUAUAUGGCUCUGCCUUAAUAUACCCCUUUUUUGUUUGUGACUUUCAACUGUAAUCAGUUAAUAAAGUAUUUAUUCUCUGCAUUCAGGUUCGAAAUAACUUGUUGCAUUCUCUUAUAUUUAAAUUUGUAUUUAUCAUAUAAUGAAUAAGAUUUGUUAGUAUUUUUAAAAUGUUUGAUUUAAUAGGAUUAUUAAGCUUUCUGAUCUUCUUUCUAAGAGACGAGUACAUGAGAUUCACUGCCUUGUCAAAGGAAUUUACCUUGAUCAGUACAUCUUCCCCAUCAACAUGUCUUGAACUACAGAAUCUUACAUCAGCAUUCCUAGUAGAAAAAAUAGAGCCUUUUAUCAUUAUUUAAUGGACAGAAGCUGUUUUAAAAGUUUGGCAAGUGCACUGAAACAUAGCUACUCCCUUACAGGUGAGAUCACCUGGUAAUAGUUCCACCUUUUCAAUACUCAGAUUUCAGCGCUUGUUUUGGAACCUUCGUGAGAACAGUUUGAUUUUCCUACUGAAGUUCAACUAAAGAACGCAUGUACAUUUGACCUGUUGUGUAAUUUCAGAUAAUUGGGGGACAAUGGUUACUACCCUUUAUGUUGGUCUUUGUUGUAACUUUAAAAUAUAUAUUCCAAAGAUUUUUUUUUUCAACAAAAUAUUUGAGGACAGUACCUCUACUAUCAAACAUAAUUCUUUCAUUAGAACUUUAAAAUCUGUUUGGUUUUAUAAUAGUAUUUGGCUCCUAAUGGUUGAAUGUAAAUACUAAAAAUAUAUGAGAGGGUUAUAAUUUGUUUCAGUGUGGGAAAAACUUAGGAUGUUUGUGGGCAUGGAAAAAUUAAUUUGCAAAAACAUUUUGUUUAAUAAAAUAUGAGAUGAAAAAUGCCAUUAAUAAAAUCUUCAGUCCAGAAGGGGUUUUGCAAUCCUGGUGUUGUAAAGACCAGUUUUUCUAAACUAGUAGUACUUGAUGAAGUAAGUGAAACUAAUGAAGACAGUUGCAGACUGUGCAUUAUGGUAUACUUUGGUAUGUCUGCUGUGUUUGCAUGUCUAGACCAACUCAUGUUUUUUUUCUGUGUGACAUUGGAGAUGUACUGGAAAAUCCUCAGAAUUACAUUGUUACCUGAAGUAAUUGUAAUUGUUCACUUUAUAUGGGAUUCAAUUUUAACUAAUCAAAAAUCUUGUGUUUACUGCGUUUAAACCUAUUUUUGUCCCUAUUUUUGCAAGGAAGUUUGUUUUUAAACUACUUAAUCUUUUUUGUUUGUUUUUAAGCACUUUUUAUUGAAGUGUACAGUACAGAAAAGUGUACAAGUUACAGGUGUAUGGUUUGAAAUAUCACAAAGUGACCACAUAUAACCAGCACCAGGAUCAAGAAAGACAGCCUUAUUUGCACCCCAGGUGCUUCCCUUGUGCCCCUUGUCAGUCCUCCCACCUACCAAGUAACUACUGCCCUUUCUUCCAAAGCUGUAGAUAAGUUUUACUUACUUUUAAGCUUUAUAGAAAUGGACUCUUACAUUUAUAUUCUUUUGUGUCAGGCUUCUUAGUAUUCUGUGGUUCCUCCAUUUUGUUGCCUGUAGCAGUUGUUACCCAUUCUCAUUGCACCAUAGUAUUUCAUUGUGCAAAUACACUGUGAUUUUUACAGUAUGCUAUUGAUGGGUGUGUAUUAGUUUCCUAAUGCUGCUGUAACAAUUUACCAAAUUUUAGUGGCUUAGUACAGAUGUAUUAUCAUACCAUUCUCGAGGUCAGAAGUCCAAAAUCAGCUGUACUAGGUUAAAUUAAAGUGUCAGCAGGGCUGGUUUCUUUUGGAGGCUCCAGGGAGCAUCUGUUUCCUUCCUUUCCAGCUUCUAGAGGCUGCCUGAAUUCCUUGGUUCCUGGCCCCCUCUCCAUCUUCAAAGCCAACAGCAUAGCAUCUUCUACUCUCUGCUUCCAUCACAUUGCUUCUCACUCUGACCCUGCUACUUCCCACGUAUCAGGAUCCAUGGGAUUAAACUUUGGCCCAUGUGAGUAAUCCAGUAUAAGCUCCCUCAGCACGUCACUCUUCUUGCUUGCAUGGUUUCUGUAAAGAAAUUGGAUGUUAUUCUUACCUUUGCUCCUCCAUAGGUGUUUUUUCCCUUUGGCUUCUUUUAAGAUUUUUUAAGUCUUUGAUUUUAUGCAGUUUGAAUAUGAUAUGCCUAGGUGUAGUUUUUUUGGGGGGGUGGUUAUCCUUAGUGUUCUCUGAACUUCCUGGAUCUGUGGUUUAGUAUCUGACAUUAACUUGGGGGAAAUUCUCGGUCAUUAUUGCUUCACAUACUUGUUCUGUCAUUGUCUCUCUUGGCAUUUUCAUGUAUAUGUUACAUCUUUUGUCGUUGUCUCAUAGUUGUUGGGUAUUCUGUUCCCUCUUUUUCUUCCCCAGUCUUUUUUCUCUUUGCUUCUUAGUUUUGGAAGUUUCUUUUGACAGGUCCUCCAGCUCAGAGAUGCUUUCCUUAGCCAUGUCUAAUCAGCUAAUGAGCCCAUGGAAAGCAUUCAUCAUUUGUUAGUUUUUUUUUUUAAUCUCUACCUUUAAAAAAGAAUUAUUUCUUAGAAUUUCCAUCUCUCUGCUUACAUUAGCCAUCUGUUUUGGUGUGUUGUCUACUUUUUCUGUUAAAGCCCUUAACAUAUUAAUCAGAGUUGUUUUAAAUUCAUGGUCUGAUAAUUCCAACAUCUCUGCUGUGUCUGGAUCUGAUGCUUGCUCUGUCUCUUCAAACUGUGUUUUUUUGCCUUUUACUUAUGCCUUGUAAUUUUCUGUUGAUAGCUGGACAUGAUGUACUAGGUAAAAGGAACUCCAGUGAAUAGACCUUUUAGCACUGUGGUGGUGAGGUGUGGGGCAGGGGAGGCAUUCUGUAGUCCUAUGAUUAGGUCUCAGUGAACCUGUGUCCCUGGGCUGUGAACUUCAUAAGUGCUUCUCCAUCCCCCCUGCCCCUUUACACCAUAGGUGGGACAGGAUGGCUAGAGGGAGCUGGAGUUGGGCAUUUCCCUUCUACCAUGUUGUUUAGGCUCUGGUAAACCCCAAUUAGGGAGGCUCUGAUAAAAUGGCUUCUCUUGAGGGCAGGCCUUGUUAAGAACAGAAUACUCUGACUUAUUUCAAAACAGUUACUUUCUUCCUUCUCCUACCGGAAGCACCAGGGGAUUUUUCUCUGAUUUUCCCUUUGAGACCCUGGUAGGGCUCCAGGAGGUAAAACUCACAAAAUAGUGGGGAUCCCCUUCUAACUGGGGGUUUUUAACUCACAGACUUGUCCACUUUGAGCCUCCAGUAAUUUGUCAGUUACAGCUCCAGCUUUCUUACCCCAGCACUGUCUCCCUUAGAGGUUUCUGCUUGGAAGUUUCUGCUUCAGUAAGUUGUGGUUCUCUGUGUCCACCUGCCUGCCUCUCCAAUAUGGAGGACUGCAGUUGGCCCUGUGACCUCACUUCUCUGACAGAUCUAAGAAGAAUUGUAGAUUUUUCAGUUUGUUCAGCUUUUUACUUGUUAGGAUGGACUUCCAAACUCCUUACUUGGUGGACCAGAAUCCCUAAGUCUAAUUUCCCCCUCUCAAAAUCCUAGCCACACCUGCAGAGUCCCUUUGCCAAGUAAGGUAGCAUUCACAGGUUCCAGGGAUUAGGAUGUGGACAUCCUUGAGGGGCCAAUAGUCAACCUACCACAAGAUGUUUGGAUGGUUUCAGUUUUCCAAUUGCUGUUAUGAAUUGUGUUGUUAUGAACAGUCUUGAAUGUGUCUUGUGGAAAACACGUUCUCUGUUGGGUGUAUAUGUAGACAUGCAUUGCUGGAUUCAUAGGCUAUGUGUAUAUUCAGCAUUAGCAGGUGUUAAAUGUUUAGCCAAACAGUUUUUCCAAAGUUAUAAGAGGUCCCAUUCCUGGGAGAAAUACUUGCAAAUUAUAUAUCUGAUAAGAGUAUAGUGUUCAGAAUAUACAAAAACUCUUAAAACUCAAUAGGAAGACAGCCCAAUGUUGAAAUGGACAAAGUAUUUGAAUAGAUAUUUCUUCAGAGAAGAUAUACGAAUGACAAGCACAUGAAAAGUUGCUUGAUAUCAUUAGUAAUUGGCGAAAUGCAAGUCAAAGCCACAAUGAGAUACCACUUCACAGCUGAAAUAAGAAAUAAGUGUUGGUGAAGAUGUGAAGAAAUUAGAACUCCUGUACAUUGCUGGUGGGAAUGUAAAAUGGUGCAACCACUUUGGAAAACAGUAAGGUUAAACAUAUAGUUACCACAUGACCUAGCAUUUCCACUCCUGGAUAUAUACCCAACAGAAAUGAGAACGUAUGUCUUCACAGAAACUUGUAUACAAAUGUUCAUAGCAGCAUUAUGUAUAAUAGCUAAAAGGUGGAAACAAAACAUCCAUCAGCAGACAAAUGGGUAAACAGAAUGUGACGUAUCCAUACAAUGGAAUAUUUUUCAGCUAUAAAAGAAUGGGAGUUCCCUGAUGGUCUAGUGGUUAGGACUCUGCUUCACUGCCGAGGGAACUAGGAUCCUGCAAGCCACACGGCGUGGCCAAAAAGGAAUGAAGUAUUGAUACAUGCUACAACAUGGAUGUACUUUGAAAGCAUGUUAAGUGAAAGAAGCCAGUCAAAAAAGUCAGAAUGUAUGAUUCCAUUUAUAUGGAAUGUCCAGAAUAGGCAAACGCUUUGAGACAUAAAGUAAAUUAGUGGUUGCAAGAGGAGAGGGCAAUGAGGAGUGACUGCUAAUAGGUAUAGGGUUUCUUUUGAGGGUGAUGAAAAUGUUCUGGAAUUAUACAGUGCACAGUCUUGUGAAUAUACUAAAAACUUGAUGUCACUUCAAAAGGGUGAAUUAUGGUAUGUGAAUUACAUAUCAAAUUUUUUUAAAGGAAUUCGCAUUACUACCAGCAAUAUAUGAGUUCCAGUUGCUCUGCAUCUUUGCAUACACUUGCUAUUGUCUAUCAUUCUGGCAGGUUUUUAAUUUAUACAAUAGGAUCUCAUUGUGGUUUUAAUUGUAUUUCCUUAAUAAUUAAUGAAAUUAAGCAUGUUUCAUGUUUAUUGGCCAUUUGGAUAUCCUCUUUUGUAAAGUACCUGUUUAAGAAUCUUAAGAGUCUUCUUUUUUCUUUCCCCCUCAGAAAAAUAGGGAGAUAUUUGACUUUUUCUUACUAACUCAUUCUUUACGUAUCAGAAUACUAGUCCUUGUCAGAUACGUACUGCAAAUAUCUUCUCUCAUUCUGUGGUUUGGCCUUUUCACUCUCUUAUUGCUAUCUUUUGAUGAAUAGAAAUUGAUUUUAAUGUUCCAUUUGCCAGCUUUUCUUUAUGGUUAUUGAUUUUUUUUUACCUGUUUUGAAGAAGUCUUUGCUUGCCCUCAAGGUCAUGAAGAUAGUCUAAGUUUUUUUUUUUUCUAGAAGCUUUAUUGUUUUACUUUUCUACAAUUCAUCAAUUCACCUGGGAUUGAUUUCUGUGCAUGGUAUGAAGUAGGGGAUAAAGGUUGUUUUAUUUUUAUUGUGGUGUUCAAUUAAUUCAUUACCGCUCUGGUGGGGGGUAUCAUCCUUCUGAACUGCAGUGUCACCUGGGUCAUAAUUUGUCCAUUUAUGCAUGCAUCUGUUUCUGGACUUUUUGUUCUUUUCCAUUUGCCAGUUUCUCUAUCCUGUACCAGUACUACAGUCUCAAUUUCUGUAGUUAAAAAAAGAAAGCCUUUAUCUGGCAGCCUAAGCCCUCCCCUAUUGUUUUUCCUUAAGAUUGUUUUUGCUAUUCUUGACCCUUUGCAUUUCCAUAUAAACUUUAGAAUCAGGUGGUCAGUUGCCACACCAAAGAAGUGGCAUUUUGCUUGAGAUUGAAUUUAUGGAUCAAUUUGGGGAUAAUUAUCAUAUUUACAGUAUCUUCCAAGCUAUGCACAGGAAUAUCCUUCCAUUUAUAUAGGCCUUCAGUCUCUCCUCGCAGUGUUUGUAGUUUUCAGUGUAUCAUCUUGCACCUUCUUUUGGUAGAUUUUUUUCCAGCUAAUUUUUUUAGGCUAUUUUAUUUUUUAUUUAUUUUUUUGGCCACGCCGUGCAGCUUUCGGGAUCUUGGUUCCCUGACCAGGGAUUAAACCCGGGCCCUCGGCAGUGAAAGCUCAGGGUUCUAACCACUGGUCCGCCAGGGAACUCCCUUUUUGAUGCUGUUUUAAAUGGCAUCCUUUUAAAAUGUUAUUUUCUUUGUUGCUGGUAUGUAGAAAUACACUUUUUUAUAUUGAUCUCAUCCAGCAGCCUUACUCAGAUUCAUUUGUUAAUGUUCAUCCAUAGUUUAUUUUACAUGUGUCCUGUCUACAGUCCUCUGCUCUCCCAGCUGAGCUAUUGAAAGGUGCACCACCUGUAAUUUAUUUUAUAUUUUUCUACGUAUAAUUAUGUCAUCAGCAAAUAAAGAGUUUUAAUCUUUUCUAAUAUUAUCUUGUUUUGUGAUGCCUAUGCUCCAGUAUAGGAUUCUAUAGGACCAAUGAGAGGAAGCAUCUUUAUCUUGUUCCCCAUCUCAGAAUGAAAGCUUUAAAUAUUUCACUAUUGAGUAUAUUUGCUGCAUGCUUUUUGUAGAUACUCUAUCAGAAAGAAAGUUCUCUUCUUUCCUAGUUACUUUAUAUCAUAAGUUUUAUCAUGAAUGGGUGAAUUUUAUAAAAUUUUUUUUAUUUAUUGAGAUAAUUUUUCUGUUAAUGGUAUCAGUUACAUUACCUUUUAGAAAUAUUAAGCCAACUUUGUAUCCCUGAAAUAAAUUUAACUUGAUCUUGAUGUAUUAGUUUUAUUAUAUUGCUGGAUUUGGUUUGCUAAUAUUUUAUUAGGAUUUUACAUCAUGCCCCUGAGAAAAAUUGGCCUGUAAUUUUCAUGGUUUUGUCAGUGUUUGAUAUCAAGAUUAUGUUGACAUCAUAAAUCAAGUUGGAAAGUAUUCCCUCUUUGUAGUCUUUGUAAAGAGUUUGUGGGACAUCCCUGCUGGUCCAGUGGCUAAGACUCUGCUUUCCUAAUGCACGGGUUCGAUCCCUGGUCACGGAACUAGAUCCCACAUGCCACAGCUAACCCCCGGCUCAGCCAAAUAAAUAAGUAUUAAAACAAACAGUUUGUGUAAGAUUGGUGUAAUACUUGUUAGUUUUGCUUCUUUAAAACUAUCAGAUAUCAAUUUAUAAGGCCUGUUGUGGAACUUAACAAUAGCCCAAAUGGUAAUAUCUAUUACAGUUUUCGUAUGUGGGCUUUCGUUUUAGAGAAAGUACUUGCUUUUUAAACUGGUAAAAUGCCAGAAUACGGGAAUUUCAUGUAGCACCUUAUUAAUGUCUUUAUCAAGUAGUGGUUCCCCAUGCUGAAAUAGGAUUGUAGACAAUGAUGUCAGGGAAUUCUCACUAUAUGUGUAAGAGUUACCCUGUGAUCAUGAUCACUUCAGAGAAUUAUAGGAAAAAUUGUAGCCCAUACAUACAAUAAAAAAUACAUGAAGUAAUUAAUGUGAAGAGGUAUAUGAAAUUCAAGGAUUUUUAAAAGGUACUUCUCAAUCAGAUAAUUAGAGAGUAUAUGGAUACAGUUAUACUUUGAGAAAUAAUCAUAAAAUAAUGAUGCUUCCAAUUUCUCAAAAUAUGACUAUCUAUAGAGAGAGGGAGGGAGAGUAACAUAUACACACACACACACGUUUGGGGCAGAGUAGUACCUUGAUCUCAUUGUAUCACCAAAAUCUUUUUAGAAUUAGUUGGUGACAAUUCUUUUCUGUCUUAUGUUGGGUUAAGAAUUUUUUCUAAAGUUCAAAUAUGGGUGAUUCUUAAAACUUUUGGUCUAAGACUCCUUCCCCCACCCCCUGCACAAGGCUUGGGAGGGUCUUAGUUCCCCAACCAGGGAUUGAACCUGAGGCCUCAGCAGUGAAAGUGCUGAGUCCUAACCACUGGACCACCAGGGAAUUCCCAAGACUCCUUUAUAUUUGUACUUAUUAAGAACCCCAAAGAAUUAUUGUU